AUGAAUUAUUCUCUCCAUCUCUUUGCAGACAUAGACGAGAGUAGGCUCAUGGUACUGACGAUGCUAGUUGUGGUAGCUAAUACCUGGGAUAACAUCUUCCCUUAUUUUUAUUUCCCUGCUAGCUAUCCCUAUUUUUCAAGCUCAACAUGGGUACUGGCAAUAGGGGCUCAUUGUUCACUACUAGGCCAGCUUCUCUUGGGUAGGGUGGGGACUGGUCUUCUUGUUCCCCUUAUUUCUUCCCUUCUUCUCUCAGCACCUUUUCUUCCUGGACAAUUCCUUCUGAAGUGUCCAGCCAUCUUACAUAGCCAGCACUUACGCCAUUUACAGUUGACUGCAAAAUGUCCAGCCACACCACAGGACCAGCACUUCAGAGAUGCCACACUGGCCGAUUACUUUCGCCCUUUGAAAUUAAAAGAAGAUGCAACAGUACCUAAGGAUUAUGCCAUCUUUGCUACAUAUCGUUAUGAGCAUUCACCAGUUCUUUAUGUGAGAAAAGCUCGAGUGGAAGAUAAUGAUGAUGUAACUCCAUUGUUCAACUCAAUGAGUGAAACCCUAAAGGAUAAAUAUGGAGAUUAUUAUGUGGCUGAACUUAUCGAGGCUCAGGAUGAACACAUGCAUUGUCUGGUGGCAGAGGCAAGUAAAAAAGCGUUUUUUUUUUUCUUUUUACAUUGA